GGUGUGAAAAUCUUCAUUUUCUUCAUAUCUUUCUUUUCGUUUCGUCUUUCUCUGCGUUUCAAGGGUUGAUAGAGUAGGUUAUAGUACGUGGUUGCCAGCGCUGCAAAAGCAGGUGUGAUCCGCAGGGGUGUUAUAAACUUAUAAUCCCAUCAACAUAAAAUGAAGAAAGUUUCUGCAAUGCGCCCAAGCAUAGGAGACACAGUGUCUGGGUCAAGACAGAGAUUACGUAUGAUGAGGCGAAUUUCAACAUGGACUAUUGUCUUGGUUUCUUUGGCGGGCAUUUUUCUGCUUGGUGUCUAUAUUCACCCACCAAGAAACUCAAUUGCAUGCUCUGUCUUUUCUUCUGGUGGUUGUGCUGUGCUGGAACAGCAUCCUUCACAGGAAUUAAUUCAUGAUCAGAUUGCGGCUCAAGUUGUAUUAAAAGAAAUUUUGAAGAUACCACCUAUUCAAUCAAAAAACCCAAAAAUUGCUUUCAUGUUUCUGGCUUCAGGUUCAUUACCUUUCGAGGAGAUCUGGGAUAACUUUUUCCGUGGUCAUGAGGGCAGAUUCUCUGUUUAUGUACAUUCAUCUAAUGAAAAACCAGUGCAUGUUAGCCCCUAUUUCGAGGGCCGGGACAUUCGGAGUGAGAAGGUGGUCUGGGGAAAAAUCUCCAUGGUUGAUGCAGAGAAGAGGCUUUUGGCAAAUGCACUCCUAGACCCUGAUAACCAGCAGUUUGUACUACUGUCUGAAAGUUGUAUACCCCUGCAUGGCUUCCAAUAUGUGUAUCACUAUCUGAUAUAUACAAAUGUCAGCUUUAUUGACUGCAUCUUGGAUCCUGGCCCAAACGGAGUAGGCAGGUAUUCAGAGCGUAUGUUUCCUGAGGUUAAAAUAGAUGAUUUCCGGAAGGCUUCACAGUGGUUCUCCCUGAAGCGGCAGCAUGCUGUAAUGGUUAUAUCUGACAGUUUUUACUACAGGAAAUUCAGCCUUUACUGCAGGCCAAAUAUGGAUGGGCAGUACUGUUUUUCAGACGAGCAUUACUUUGCAACUCUAUUUCAUAUGACUGAUCCUGCUGGCAUUUCAAAUUGGUCUGUAACACAUGUUGAUUGGUCCGAAGAGAACUGGCACCCCAAAACAUAUAUGGCUCCAGACGUUACUUACGAGCUUCUGAAGAACAUUGCAUCUUUGGAUGAGAGCAUAAAGUUUACGUCCGAGGAAAAGAAAAGAGCAAUGGUCACCCCUUGCUUAUGGAAUGGGAAGAAGCGGCCUUGUUUUUUAUUUGCCAGAAAAUUCCAUCCUGAAACUUUGGGUAAAUUGAUGUACAUUUUCUCCAACCCGACAAGUUCGACACCUUAACUUUCCUCCAUCAGUGUCAUUAUUUGGUCGGGUCGGCAUCAUUUGAUUCCAGCCCUCACCUCUGUUAUCACAUAAAAAUGUUUGGAUAAACAUUGUGAGGUGAUCAACCUUCCAGAUAUUUCGAUCAGAUUCUUCACAGG